AUCGAAUCACCCAACGAGGGGCCGUUUUGGCAUCGCUCGAUGUAAGACUUGUCGCCUAUAUGUUAAACUGCUUAAAGAACAGUCCUAAAAGCACAUGUCCGAAACGUCCGGCAUCCCCCUUAGGUUUUGAUUGUCGAUUUCCGCGGCCACCGCUAGCACGAAACGCUAGCAAGCGUUCAACAUGAAGCAUCGAGGGGCUGCUUGACGAGGCGGACUGCGGAUAGGCCAUCUCGGCUGCUGCCGCCGCCACCACUCCAGACCCAUCCAGAGCCGACAGACGGGAUCAGACAGACACAGACUACGACUUUGGAGUCUGUGAGACGUUCAUGCUCCCGCGAAAGCGGCUGUUUGCUCGCGAGUCCGAUGGCUUGCCCAGCCACAUAGCCCUGGCUCACUCCUCGACGCCAGCGCCAAUCCCGCCAAGACUUUUUCUGCUCCACAGACUCGGUGCGAAAUAUAUUGGGUUAUAGUAUCUUUGGCCGGCCCUUAGCGCUGUGUACCUCGUGGCUCGCUUAUUGCGUUUGCUUUUGAUCCCGCCAUGACUUUACGGAGUGAACUAAGUGGACUUUCCACCGUCUGAACUAUUUAUUAUCUGGGUAGUGAAGGGGUUUGGAAACGAGUAUAAGAAACGCCCUACAACCAGCAACAGUUUGAUUCUCUCUUCUCUAAGCUUCUCACUUUGUCCUUCACUUCACUUUCGUUACCCUCCAGCUACCUGCCCUUCGUUUGGUCUCGAUUCAUUCUUUCUCUCUGUCAUCUGUUCAUCCCGUUCUCUUCGCUUUCGCCAAUACUCCAACUGUUCCAAACACACCCUUUCCGAUAGCUCUUCAAGAUGUACACCAAGGUCCUCAUUUCCGCUUUGGCCGGUGCCACAGCCGUCUCUGCCCACGGUUACGUUGAAAGCGUUACCGCCGGCGGCGAGACCAUCAACACUUUCUACCCCCAGCCGGCCCCGGGAGGACCACCGGCGCCGGAUACCCCUGGUUGGAGGACCGUCGACCUGGAGAACCUCGGCUACGUGGCCAUCGGCGCCGUCGGCGAUGCCGACAUCAUCUGCCACCAGUCCGCCACCCCCGCAAAGCUCAGCAUCAAGGUCGCCGCCGGCGACAAGCUAACCCUCGCCUGGAGCACAUGGCCCAUAACACACAGGGGCCCCAUCAUCGACUAUCUCGCCAAGUGCGCCGGCGACUGCUCCAGCGCCACCAAGGCCGACCUCAAGUUCUUCAAGAUCGCCGAGAAGGGCCUCACCGGCGGCUCCUGGGCCACCGACGAGCUCGCCAGCAACGGCAACAAGUGGGAGGUCACCAUCCCCAGCGAUAUCGCCCCCGGCAGCUACGUCUUACGCGAAGAGAUCAUCGCCCUCCACAGCGCCGACGGCGCCCAGUUCCACCCCCAGUGUAUCAACCUCGAAGUCUCGGGCAGCGGCUCCGCCAACCCCGAGGGCGUUGCUGGCACAAGCUUGUACACCGCCCAAGACGAGGGUCUCCUUUUUGACGUCUGGAGCGACGCCACCAGCUACCCGAUCCCCGGCCCUGCUCUGUUCAGCUCCAAGAAGCGCCGUGACCACCCCCGCAGCCUCUUCAUUGCCGACUAAGCGGUUUCUUCUUCCGCAAGAACACAAUGUGAGAAUGUAACGUCACUGCAAUGGUUGACGGCAGCCUUGACUAGUCUUAAUUGAUCAAGGUGAUGGGUCUGUUUUCUAGGGGGGAUUUUCAUCACGCCGGUCUGCAAUCUGCGCUUCCAUGAUCGCUUUGGUUUCUUACUCAGCGUAUCUAUAUGCUGAUCUCACCGAUUCCCCAUGACACCUUGUGUCCUGGAGAUGAACUUUGAGCCUUUGAUUGGAGACAACUUGUUCCAAGAAAGCAUCUUCAGCGUACAGACUCGUCUUAGACACAUCGAAUAAACAUAUUCCGAGG